ACAUUAGUCACCACGUGGAGUAACGGCAGCGGGCGACCGAACGACUGCGAUGUGACUAACAGAGCCGCAGCCGCGCAAGGCGCCGAGCCGCACCAGAGCCCGCGCACCGCCCCGCGCUGGCGCAGCCCCAGGGCUGGGCGGGCAGCAGGGCUGCUCCGAGCCCCGCCGCAGGGGUUCGCCGGCAGCAGGCCGCAUCGGAUUCUCAGGAGAGAAGUUUGAAGAGCUUCCAGAAAAUGGCAGGGAGAAAAGUCCUGAUAGUCUAUGCACAUCAAGAGCCCAAGUCGUUCAAUGGAUCUUUGAAGAGGGUUGCUGUGGAAGAACUGAGCAAGCAGGGCUGCAGUGUCACGGUGUCUGAUUUAUAUGCAAUGCAGUUUGAGCCGAGAGCAACAAGAAAUGACAUUGUUGGUUGUUUGCACAACUCAGAAGAGUUUGAUUACGGCAUGGAGACAUCGGAGGCUUACAAGAGAGGAGGUUUGUCCAGCGAUCUCAUUGAAGAGCAAAAGAAGGUGCAGGAAGCAGACUUAAUGAUUUUUCAGUUUCCCUUGUAUUGGUUCAGCAUGCCAGCAAUCAUGAAGGGCUGGAUGGACAGAGUCUUGGUCCAAGGAUUUGCUCAUGAAUUUCCAAACUGUUAUGAUUCCGGUUUGCUCAAGAACAAAUUAGCCCUGUUUUCUUUCACCACUGGAGGAAGCAAAGAGAUGUAUGCAAAAGGAAGUAUCAAUGGUGACAUUCGCUACCUCAUGUGGCCCAUGCAGCAUGGAAUUAUGCACUUCUGUGGUGUCAAAGUCCUUGCACCUCACAUCUGCUUUGCUCCAAAGUAUGUCUCUGAAGAGAAGAGGAAGGACAUGCUGAUUGCCUGGGCCCAGCGUCUGAAGACUCUUUGGAAGGAAGAACCCAUAAACUGCUCUCCUGAGUGGUAUUUCAAGUAAUGUUCAGGUCCAAGACUACAGAGACAUUUUCUUAUCUCCAUUCUUUUUGGUACUUUAUCUCAAUAUCUGAAUGCUAAUCUCCUAAUCCAAAUGUAUUAUAAGUAUCUAUCUUGAGUACUAGAGCUAACGGCUUAACUGACAAUAUAGCAUUUAUUUUCACUGAUUCCUGAGGGAUUCUCUUCAAUGAAGGGUGAAAAACUCUUUGUGAGGAAUUGUCCUUGCUCAUAUAAAGUGUGACAUCCUGCCUACAAGUGGUUGAUGACACAAGCGGUAUUUAAUUGCAGAUUCUACUGUUGCUUUUUACAAAACAGUACCUUACAGUUUUAAAUAAACUGGUUUUGUACCAGCUGCCACUUCUUCUUAUUUGCCAGGGAAUAUGAUGCCCAUACUCAACCUUGUUAUGGUGAAUCCUGUUCUUUUAAAGGAGGGCUCUACACUUGUGCCUUUGAGUUACGAAGAAGAUCAUGAGUAAUGCAAAAGGACAUACAGUUGCACAAUGACAUAGCUGGUAAAGCCUCGUGGACAGUCAUAGGCUUUUCCACAUAUUUACAAAGCAAUAUUAAAGCUAUGACAGAUACAGAAAAGGAGAAAAACAAAUACAAAUCUCGUAUAGCAGAGUGUGCAUGUAUUGCCUUUCUGUGUAGAAUGUAGCUCCCAUUUGUAAAGUAUGUAGUUUUCUAAAAUCAAAGGGAUUUCUCUGUUUUUCUUACUCUAAGUAAAGACAAAAGGAAAUUCUGUCUGUUCCCUGCCCUUUCACACCAGGCAGUAUUGCUGUUUGGGUCUGGAGGGCUGCGUGCAUCCCCUCCAUCGUUAGAUGGGCCUCCUCAGAGAUCUCCAGCACUGGUAGUCAGCAAGGCAGAACACCUACCCAAAAACCUGCAGGAGCACUGUCUGUCUAUGAGCCAGGAUCUAGCAGGACAAAAUGACUGUCUGGCUCUUAACAUCUAUGACUUUUACCUUAAACUUUAGUAGAAUUAUUUUUGUCCUUGAGAGCUGUUAACCCUUUUUGUGCAUAUGGCAAAGGGUGGGUUUCUCACUUAGUGAUACAAUUUCUUACUUUGGUCAGCUUACCCAACAGCUGGCUUUGCAAUUUGAUACUAAAAGAGUAUGGCCUGAAUAAGAAAUAAUCUUCUGAGUCACUGUCAAAUGGCACGUUGGCCUCUGCAUGAGAGCACGCAUCUGCCGUACAUUAUUUGUAGCAGCCUUGUCACACCGCACCCUUAUGUUUCUUUAAGGGCUGUCUGGAUAGUAAGUAAACAUGCCCAGAUUCGGGAGCGGCAGUGUAAGCUGAUACACCAGACUGGGAAUUGCUAUCACAGGGAAAGAGUCACAUGUUCCUGUUUGUCACCUUAUGAAGUGAAGAGCCACCUCUGACAGGACAGGCCCUGCAACUGGUGCUGCCCUAAACUGUUGCGGAUGUCUGUCCAGAUUACACAAGCAAGAAAUUUGCUUUGUCUCAUUAACUCUCUUACAGGAAAAAGAAAGCGAAAGGGAAUAACAUGGAAAAUGUUAUACAUGUAAGUUGUGGCGAAAGCAGAUUCUUGCCUAUAAGACUUAAGGAAAACAACUUUAAGUUACCUGAAGAGAGAUCGAAGAACAAAUGGAAAUAAUAAAAUUUUACAGGAGAGGAA